AUGUCGUCGUUGGGGGGCCAGUGGCGAGCCAUAAGACACUAUCUUUCAAUAACAAGCUUGAAUUCUGAAGUAGAAAAAUUAGUCCAAAGAAUAAAGCCUGCUACACCAGAACAAUGGGAAAAUCUUAUAAAAAAGUUUGAAAAUGCUGUCACUCAACGAUUGUCCCAAGGUGAAAGUAAAGCAAAUGAAACAAAGUUCAUAAAAGAUACUGUUAAAGCAACAACUAUAGAGGAAAGUAAAAUUGGAACUAAGGCAAAAUCAGAGAAUCUUGAAGAAAAAGACGCCCUUACAGUAGGUUCUGAAGCUAAGGAAAUAACUUUUGAAGGAAUAUGGGAAGGGAUAAAAUUAAAAAAGGAUUUGCAAUUAGGGAAAAUGUCAGACCCCAGUUGGAAAUCAAACAAACCAAUUGUAACAAAGACUUCAAUCCACUCGCGAACAUCGUACGUAAUAUCCGCCUUAGUUACAGCGGAAACUUCAGAAUGCCUUCUUAAACGGACUGAACAUUUUAUCGAGCAUUUGCAACAAUACCCUGAAGCUAGGGAUUACGCUAUAAAGGAAGGCGCAGUAAGAGCAUUAUUAAGAGUACAACACAAGCUGAAGUCUAGUGACGUGUCUUUUGGUGAUGACGUCAAAGGAAUUGUUAAUGAGGCUUUAGCUCUGAUGGGGUACACAGGCCCGACAAAGAGCCGUGGUCCCAAUGUAUUGUCAAUAGAUGGCGGUGGUAUUCGAGGAAUUAUCGCGAUUGAGAUAUUGCGGCAUCUAGAAAUAUUGACUGGGAAAAAAGUUCACGAACUAUUUGAUUAUAUUGUUGGAGUUAGCACAGGAGCUAUCAUUGCAGCAGUUAUAGCAAGUGGAGCAGGCACCUUAGAGACUGCCAAUCAAAUGUACGUCACUCUGUCUAAACAAAUGUUUGGAAACACAUCACUAAUUGGCGGUACGUCAAGAUUAGUAUGGACCCACUCGUACUACGACACAGAGGCGUGGGAGAAAAUGUUACAGGAUAAUUUAAAAGGCAUCACUCUUACUGAAUGCAACCGUUAUAAUAUGCCUAAAAUGUCAGUGGUAUCGUGCGUAGUGAACUCCGGUUCCCGUCUCGCCCCGUUCCUAUUCCGUACGUACGAGUGCGGGUUCCGCGUACGAUCCGUAUUUCCUGGAACGAGUCGGGCUCAACUCUGGCAGGCUGUGAGAGCAUCUGCCGCCGCACCCACUUAUUUCACUGAAUUCAACUUAGAUGGAUUAUUGCAUCAGGAUGGAGGGAUCAUGGUGAACAAUCCAACAGCAGUGGGCCUACAUGAAGCCAAACUAUUAUUCGGUGCAAAUGCUAUGAAAAAUGGUACAGUAAUAUCCGUGGGGACAGGCCAGGCAUUAAACAAACAUUUGGAUUAUCAACUCCUUAGUAAGGGCUUAGCAAAGGACACGUCUGGAACAAGUUGGAAGAAUAAAUUUAAUAAAAUUCUUGACUCGGCGACGGAUACUGAAGGUGUACACCUAGCCCUAAACGAUCUCCUUCCACCGGGUUCAUACUACCGUUUCAACCCACCGCUUCACGAGGAAUGCGCGAUGGACGAAAUCAACCCGGAAAAACUGAAAAACAUGAUAACAGAUACGAACGCAUACAUUCGCAGGAACCAGCACAAAUUCGAACAAGCCGCCGCCAUGUUGGUAAGAAAACGAACUGUUGCACAGAGGGUAUUCGAUUUUGUUGAGCAUAGAGCUCAGUUAAUGGGCAUCAGUCAGGCGAAUUGA